UAUAAUAAAUUGUAUACGUCAAGAGCUGUGUCAUCGACGCGAGCACAUACAUAAAUUAUCUCAUUACUUACGCGUACCUUUGAAGUGUAUCACUGCCGAGAGAAAGACAAUGAUCCAUAAGAGAUAGACAUCAUCCCUGUACGUUGCGCAGCUAUCCGCAGACGUUCGAUGCACUUCAUAGGUUCGCCGCUCAUUUCGGAUGUGUAUAUGGAGCUAUUAUUCUAAAAUCGCGAUAACAUUGUCAGCGAUCAUUAACGAUCGAUUGAUUUUUUUCUCGAUCUUCGAAAGGAUAUAUAAUUGAUGGGACAUUAGCAUUGAAAAGCUCGUUAUAAAAUCAACAUCUUUUCUUAGAUUGAAAAUGCAAAUCUGGUAAAAUCUUCUCUUGUAAAAUCCCACUUUAUCAUAACAGAGAGAAAAAUAUCUCGUGUUUAAGGAAGCAAGAAUAUAUUUAAUCGAGCUGAAAAGAUCGCAGGGUCGAAUCUGCAUGUUAGCAUUAUUCUUUACGCAAUAGAUCGAAAUAAUCGUCGUGUUGGCUGUGAGCUUACAAGCGCGCCUGGACUUUACGAUUCAUUUUAUGCAAGAAUAGUCAUGUAAAAUUAAAAACAGUCACUCGUUCAUCAAAUAAAAGAUGCAUAUCGAUCGGCACAAUCGUGUGCGCAGAGUAGUUGCAAAGUCGCAAAUAAUAACAUAAACCGUAUACGGUACAAGCAGCUGUAUUAUAUACCAUACACACACGUGCAGCUCCGAGAAAUUCCGCAAGAUACAAACUCUAGUCUGUGUGUUGUGUCUGUGUCACUGGGAUGGAAAAAAGAGAGAUGGGUUCUGUAUAAAAGUGACUGCAUAUGCGGCGCGCGCUCCUGGGGCAAAUGUCGUUUAUAAUGCCUACCGAUCGCGAACCGAUCUCAUUCGAGUAAACGGCGCACACGAGCCACUGUGCAAGUACACAGACGAGCUCACUUACACUUACUCGUAUAUGGGAUAUAAUAGUCGAAAAAUGCAGUUACUUCGUUGUAUGUGCGCUUUAAGUUUAAUGGCGCUGUUGAUCGCUGCGAGUGAUGCUGCUCCAAACAUCGUCUACGCUUUCAACAAUAAUAAAAUAUCGCCCAAUCAGCAAUCACCUGUGCUGCAGGGUCGAAAUUUGCUGGCCCCGAAGAUCGAGUUGAGAGCCGGCCUGACACCGGCUAAUACGGCUCGAUUGCCUGGUGGACCUGCCCCGUCAGCUGCUGGAGGUGCCGGAGGCGGACAACAACCGCAGGAAGACGGGGUCACUAGGGAAGAAAUGACUUCGUUCAAGGAAGUCAACGGGGAGAGCAUAAGAACUGUCGUCGGUAGUUACGCUUAUCAAAGCCCCGAGGGUCUGGCUGUUUCAUUCAAGUAUUCAGCCGACGAAAAUGGAAAUCAAGCUGGUUUUACAAUAGGGAAGGCUUCGGGUGGUGGAGGUGGCGGUGGUGGCGGCGGCGGCGGCGGGGGAGGAGGAAACAGACCUGGUGGUGGCGGAGGAGGAUCCGGAUCUGGAUCUGGAGGAGAUAGAUCAUAUUUACCUCCGAAUUGA